AUGGCUCCAGGCAAGAAACUCCCCAUCUCUCUGUUGGCAGCCGCCGUGGCUCUCUAUCCCGGGACAGCCUUUGCCGAGGAGCCCAGGAAACCCAUCUACGAUGACAUUCCCUCCGAAUCCUCCGUCUCCCCCAUCCCGACCACCCCUAGCACUCCCGCUCCCGCUCCCGAACCUACAAGCACAGCUCUCACCACACCCAAAGCGCCCUCGUCCCCGACCCCAACGGACAUCCUAACCGCCCAGGUCCGGCAAGGCCGUCUCUUCCUCUACCAACAAUCGCGUGCCGCCGAGGUCGCCUUCAACGAUAUCCUCUCCCGCGCCCUGCACGUCGAAAACGCCUUCACCAACACCAUCGCUUCCCUGGCUCCCUCCCCCGAAUCCGGCGAGAAACUGCUCCCCGGUGGAAUUUAUGUCGUCGUCGCUGCCAUGGCUGGCUCCAUUGUUGCCCGUAACCGCGGCCGUUUCCUGCGCGGCACGACACCCCUCGCCUUCGGUACCAUUGCCGCUUGGUCCCUUCUUCCCGUGACGAUGAGGAAUGUCUCUGAUUUGAUCUGGGAGUAUGAGAAGCGGGUGCCCGUAGUUGCCGAUAACCAUCUGCGUCUCCGAGAGCAGGCCGAGUACAUUUGGACCACUGGUGUGGCCCACAGCGGCAUGGCACGUGCUCAGAUGGAGGAGAAGAUCGGGGAUGCUAGGAAGAGGCUGGAGGAGGUUGUGAGCAAGGGACUCUGA